AUGUUGGUUGUACACAGGUGUUGUGCACAGGUGUUGUCCUCAGACUCUUGCAGGACGAUGCUGACUGUCCGCCGGUUGUUUCGGUGCUAUCGCAGCAGUUCGGCUCUGUCCGGACUGUGCGCCGAGUCUCACCGUCGACCUCCGGGACCACCGACGACCACAGCUGGGACGGGGUUCCUCUCCUUGCAGGACCAGCGUAGAUAUCGUUAUUUGUCACCUAAUGACAGAGGUGGAGCUGGCCUCUGUAGAGGAGUCUCAACUUCACCGAGUAUCAGAAGUGACGCUGUUGGGAAGAUCCAGUCAACACAUUAUCAUUUAGUUUACACAUGCAAGGUUUGCUCUACUAGAUCCAUGCAGAAGAUAUCCAAGUUGGCAUAUCACAAAGGUGUAGUGAUAGUGACAUGUCCAGGAUGUAAGAAUCAUCACAUCAUCGCUGAUAACCUCAGCUGGUUCUCUGACCUGGAAGGGAAGAGAAACAUUGAGGAAAUCCUUGCUGCCAAAGGAGAAACUGUGAAGAGGGUUGAAGGAAGUGCUGCCUUGGAGAUAGUAGUGGAUGAAUCCAGCAAAGACAAGACACAAUGUAGUGAAGACACCCAAAAAUCAGACAGUGAUCCAGAAAAACAAUAAUGCUGUGUCCAUACUAUGUGCUUGUACAUUGCAAGAUGUCUAUAUUUAAUUUCAUAAUAAAUGAAAAAAUUUUUUUUAU